AUGGUCGACGAAGAAAAGAAGUCCCAGACAGUCGCUGACGGCUUGCCCAGAACAGGAGCAGACACUCAACCCGAGCCGCCCUCAAUACACAGUCAUGGGUCCUCACUCGGAAAACAACCUAGCCACGAAGGCGGAAGCCCAUCUCCUGUGUCAUCGACAGACGAUGUCCCCGUGGGUGGGCCACCAGAUGGGCCAGCACUUGAAAAGACGUCAUCUAGGGCAGAUGCAUUCUCCAAAGCCAGGAUUGGUAUCAUCAUGUUCUCGCUGGGGAUGGCCCUCUUCCUUGCCGCUUUGGACGUUACCAUUAUUACAACCGCGCUCCCUACGAUCGCUCAGCAUUUUAACGCCUCAGCCGCUGAUUACACCUGGGUAGGCAGCUCUUAUCUCCUCGCAAAUGCGGCGAGUGUCCCAUUAUGGGGCAAAUUGUCCGACAUAUGGGGUCGUAAACCUAUGAUCAUCAUGGCCAAUGUCAUCUUUAUGGCCGGCAGCUUGAUCGCGGCCGUAUCCAACUCUAUUGGUCUCCUGAUUGGGGGCCGUGUCAUUCAAGGCAUUGGAGGUGGAGGCUUGGUCAUCCUCGUCAAUAUCUGCGUCGCCGACCUCUUCAGCAUGAGAGAUCGACCCAAAUAUUAUGGCAUGCUCGGUAUGGUGUGGGCCAUCGCUUCUGGUGUCGGACCUGUCGUCGGGGGCGGUUUUACGGAAGGUGUCAGUUGGAGAUGGUGCUUCUACAUCAACCUGCCCCUCGAUGGACUGUCUCUCGUCUUACUGGUGUUCUUCCUCAAGUUGGACACACCCAAAACUCCCUUCAUCGCCGGUAUCAAGGCCAUCGACUGGGUAGGAGUGAUUCUAAUUGUCGGAGGAGUGACCAUGUUUCUCUUUGGUAUGGAAUCCGGGGGCGUCACUCACCCAUGGGACAGUGCUUAUACACUCUGCUUGAUCAUCGUGGGCAUAUUCACCAUCGUCCUAUUCUUUAUCAACGAGGCUAAGUUCGCCAAGUAUCCCGUGAUCCCUCUCCGAAUCUUCAAUGACAGGUCGAAUCUGGCGGCACUGGGAGUAUGUUUCAUCCACGGUUUUGUAUUCAUUGCCGGUAGCUACUACCUCCCUAUCUACUUUCAGACGGUUCUCUCUGCCAGUCCCUUGCUCAGCGGUGUCUAUCUCUUCCCCACGGUGCUCAGUUUGUCAUUCGCCUCCGCCGUGACGGGGAUCGUGGUCAAGAAGACCGGACGGUACCGGCAGCCGAUCUGGUUCGGACUGGUGAUGAUGACGUUGGGAUUCGGACUGUUCAUCGACCUCGGACCGCGUGCCAACUGGGCCAAGAUCGUCAUUUACCAAAUCAUCGCGGGCAUCGGCGUGGGGCCCAACUUCCAAAGCCCACUGAUCGCGCUACAAAGCCACGUCAAAGGCCACGACAUCGCGGUCGCAACCGCCACCUUCGGUUUCAUCCGCAAUAUCUCCACCUCCGUCUCCGUCGUCCUGGGCGGCGUCAUCAUGAGCAACGAGCUCAGCAAGAAACAAUCGUACCUCAGCCAAUACCUACCCGUCGACGUCGCUCAACGCCUCGCAGCCUCAAGUUUCGGCUCGACCACCGACUUCGUCAAGUCCCUGCCGCCGGAGCAGAAACAGGCAGUAAAUGUGGCGUAUACGGAGAGUCUCAAGACCAUGUGGAUCUUUUACACUGCCUUCGCCGCCUUCGGCAUCCUUAUUAGCUUGUUCAUCACCAGGAAGGAACUAAGCUCCAAGCACGAGAAAGCCCGCACUGGCAUCGCAGAGCAGGAGCGCGUCCGCCUAGAGGAGAAGGAGGCAAAGCGUGCCAGACGCAAUCCUCAAGAUACCGAAGCUAAUGCGGAUGCCUCAUGA